AUGAAGCUGAGCUGUGUCCUCAUGACAUGGGCUCUUUAUGUCUGUCCUGCUGUGCUCCUGGCAACCCAGAUGUUACCGGCUGCCGGUUCGGAGACUCUGAAGUGUGAAGGACCUUUCACCCCUGAGCAGAGCAGCUGCCACACUGAGGAGGAGGGAGAGGAGGAUGUGACCCAUUCCAGUGAUACCGACUUCCCGGUCAAGGGCUACAAGUUCAGUAAACCCUUCCAUCUCAUCGUUUCCUACGACUGGCUGAUCCUCCAAGGUCCAGCUACAUCCAUAUUUGAAGGUGACCCACUGGUUCUGCACUGUCGUGCCUGGCAAGACUGGCCACUGACUCAGGUCAUCUUCUACCGAGAGGGCUCAGCCCUGGGUCCUCCUGGACCUAAAAGAGAAUUCUCUAUCGAUGUGGUGCAAAGGUCAGACAGUGGGCAGUACCACUGCAGUGGCAUCUUCAGGAGCUCUGGUACUGGGAGCCGAGAGACUGCAUCCCCUGUGGCUAUCACAGUCCAAGAAUUGUUCCCAUCCCCAGUUCUCAAAGCCUUACCAUCUAGUGAGCCCCAAGAGGGAGGCUCAGUGACCCUGAGCUGUCAGACAAAGCUGUCCCUGCAGAGGUCAGCUUCCCGCCUCCUGUUCUCCUUCUACAAGGAUGGAAGGCCGCUGAGUAUCAGAGGCAUCUCUUCAGAACUCCAGAUCCCCAAAGCUUCAGAAGAGCACUCUGGCUCCUACUGGUGUGAGGCAGCUACUGAGGACAGGCAAAUUUGGAAGCAGAGCCCUCAGCUGGAGAUCCGGGUACAGGCUCUUCAGAAAUCAACUGCUUCAGAAACUUCUCCUGCAGAGCCCCCUGGUCCUCUGCCUCCACCACCUGCUCCUUCUGCUGAGCACCUGGGAUUCUCCUCGGCAGACCCUCACUUACAUCAUCAGAUACGCCUUCUUCUCAAACAAAUGCAGGAUGUCAAAGUUCUCCUUGGUCAUCUGGUCAUGGAGCUGAGGGACUUGACUGUCUACCUGAAGCCUGGAGUCACAAACACUGCUGACAAGUGA